AUGUUUGAGUCGUCCCCCGCCAAAGCAGUGGUCACUGCGGAAACGGUGGAGUCGCUACCGCCCCGCUUCGCCAUCGACAUGUACCCCGGCCUCCCUGACCGCUACCGCCUCGAGCUGGUGAUCGGCGAAGGCGCUUUUUCCUCCGUCUACCGCGCCGUCGACACCGAAACCGACGCCACCGUCGCCAUCAAAAUCAUCAACAAGGUCAACAUGCUGGCCAAACAGCUCAAAAACAUCCGCAACGAAGUGGAAAUCAUGCAAGAAUUGCCCCCGCACCCCAACACCCUCAAGUUGAUCGACACCAUCACUACCAUCACCCACACCUACCUCGUGCUAGAAUACAGCGACGGCGGCGAAAUUUUUAAUAAGAUCAUUGAGUAUACUUAUUUCUCGGAGCCGUUGUGUCGUCACGUGUUCGCCCAGCUUCUCUCGGCGGUGGACCAUUUGCACCGCCAUGACGUUGUCCAUCGCGAUAUCAAACCCGAAAACUUGUUGUUCUCCCGGAUCCCGUUUUUCCCUCGGGAUCACGACGAGUUCAAAAAGCUGUUGCGCUCGCUGGACGACGAGCUGAAGAAGGAUGAAGGUGAGUUCCGGCCUGGUGUCGGCGGCGCCACCAUCGGUACAAUCAAGUUGGCCGACUAUGGUCUUGCCAAGCGGUUGGUGGUGAAAGGAUCCAACCACCCGAUGAAAACCCCUUGUGGCACUGCUGGUUACACUGCUCCUGAGGUGAUCAACGUUAAUCAGCCGCGCAACUCCUCCGAGGCCGACUCCUACUCUAAGCUGGUCGACGUGUGGUCGCUUGGCUGUUUCUUGUACACUAUUUUGUGUGGGUUUCCUCCCUUCUACGACGAGGAUCACGCGCAAUUAUCGCAGCGCAUUUUGCGAGGUGAUUUUGUGUUCUUAACCCCUUGGUGGGACGAGAUCAGCGAUGAAGUCAAGGAUUUGAUUACCCAAAUGUUGACCAUCGACCCCGAUCGCAGAAUCACUAUAGACGAGAUCUGGCAACACUCAUGGAUGCGUGGUGCAACCCGCGUCAGCACCGAUGCUGACGACGCCGAGUCGUCUGUUGACUACUUUGGAGCCAGUACCACCCCACCGACGCUGGCGCGCACUCCUGGUGUUCACGACCCGCAACGUGAGUUACGCGUUAAACAAUUGUUGACGCCUCAUCGACUGAUGGCUCCUCUCAAAUCGCCCGCUGCCCACGCCAUCAAACUGGUGUUUGAUAACCCGGCCAUGGCCAACCCCAACCACGUUCGAUUUAUCGAAACCAUUACUGAAGGGGUUGAAACCAGACUGCGUGGGGCUCUGAUCAACCUGUCGAUUGAUCCGUUAGCGGUGCCUGAACGGCGUCGUUGUCUGGUGAGACUGCCAUUUCCUGAUAAGCUCAAAUCGUUGGCAGGAUUCAACGAAGUGUUCUAUGGCGAGAUGAACGACGACGAUAGCGAUGAAGAUGAGGAUGAUGACGACGAGGCUGAUGACAGUGACAACGAAGAAGGAGAUAAGUUGACCACGUUAGCUGAGCUCAAUUUGGGGCCUCGUCUACAAUCUAGAGUCACGCUUACGACAGAAGACGAAGACGAAUUUCUGUUGGACUCCAAUCUGGAUAGUCAAACGAGGCUGUCGCUGAUUAUUCUGGGAAUCGCAGGCGAUUUCAAGUUCACAUUGAAUCUUAAUGACUCCAAUCUUCUUACCCGCCGGCGGUCGCUGACAAUGAAGAAGUGUCACGACAUGGCGCCCGGCGUGGUUCCCGAGAUGGUGUCAAAGACAGUCUCUCAUUAA